GGAACUAGAAGGCGGGCAGAAGGGACAAGACUACAACCCCCGAAUGCCCGUGGGCCCCUUCCCACCACAGAGUCAUACUCGUUUAGGUUCGGAUCCGGGACAAUUAUGGAGCCGGAAGAGGAGGGGGGACGGGCAUACUUCCGGUGAAUGGAGCCUCCCUGUGCAAAUCCCAUCAAGGUAACACUCAGGUGAGAUCCAGUGGCAGCGUCUUACUAUGAAUUAUGGGUAAAGCAGGCUUGUUGGAGUGGCCCAUUUGCCUGAUAGUGAUUGGCUCAUCAAGAGUUCCUCUGGGGCCCCCACCUUCUCUCCCUGGUUCGUGACAGGAUGAGUGAGACCGGGGAACAGGGGUACAUCUGGCCGCCCCCAGGAUCCGAUGAAGAAGAGGGUCACCCAGGCAUGUAUGGUGCACUAAAUGGGACAAACGAGGAUGAGGACGGUCCCACCUACCUACACCACGCGGGGGUGCUGUUAGACUGUCAGGAUGAGACCUCCCAGUCUCCCCCGAGAGGGUUGGAGGAGGAGGAGGAGGAGGAGAGCGAGGAGAGUUUGCUCGGCUCGGACAAGAAGGACGGUGGGUGUUUGGUGGCCCCGGUAAGGCGGCCCCCCCAGGGCUCCCGGAAACUGACCAGCAUCAUCGCCCACCUACAGAGCCUGGCCAGCGAGCGGGAGUCCUCCAAGCGGGAGCCCCUGGAGCCGGAGGAGCACGACUUCCACAUGGGGGAGAGCUCCUUUGCCUUCGUCGGUCACUUUGGCCACGAGGAGGGGGCGUUGGCUUCCCCCCAGGGCCGCUCCCACUCCUCCUCCGAGCAGAGGCUGAAGGCCUUUAAAGCCAUAAAGAUCCUGCAGGACCCCGACGCUAAGGAGAAAAAGUACAUUUGCGUGGAGUGCGGCAAAACCAGCCGCUACAAGUCGGCCUACCUGCGGCACAAGCGCACCCACACCGGGGAGAAACCCUUCAGCUGCAACGACUGCGGCAAGUGCUUCCGGCGCAGCUCCCAGCUGGUCACGCACCAGCGCAUCCACACCGGCGAGAAGCCCUACACCUGCCUGCGCUGCGGCAAAAGCUUCAGCUGCAACUCCACCCUGGUCACCCACCAGCGCACCCACACCGGGGAGAAACCCUACAUCUGCAGCGAGUGCGGCAAAGGCUUCAUCCACAGCUCCGACUACAACCGGCACCACCGCGUGCACCGGGGGGAGAAGCGCUACACCUGCAAGGAGUGCGGCAAGAGCUUCAGCCAGAGCUCCUACCUGGUCAUCCACCAGCGCAUCCACACCGGCGAGAAACCCUUCGUGUGCAACGAGUGCGGCAAGUGCUUCAGCCGUAACUCCUCCCUGGUCACGCACCAGCGGGUACAUACGGGCGAGCGGCCGUACACCUGCGCCGAGUGCGGCAAAAGCUUCCGACAGAGCUCCCACCUUCUCAUCCACCAGCGAACCCACACGCCCGACAGUCACCUGGCCCUGCGCGCCAUGAUGUGAGAGCCCAGUGUUAGGCCCCUCCCUCCGGGGGCCCCCCAUCCAAAGAUAGUAUGAGCCCCCCUCCAACACUCCAUCCAGCCUGACUGACUGCUCGCGGUUAUGGACUUCUUGGUGCUAAUGGAGACGGCGGGGGGAGGCCACAGACUUUGUGCCCCCCAGUAGUGAGCUCGGGCGUGGCCCGGCCGGACCCUCUCCCCCCAAUCUAUUUAUACUCAGACAUUAGGCCUCCUAGAGACAGACUGGUAGGUCCCCUAGUGCCGAUUGCAUGCUCCUCUGCCCAGGCAUCAGCCCGCCUCCUACCGGAUCCCCUUAUCAACCUUAGCAUUUUGGUUCUGUUUCUUUUAAAGUUUGUAAAAUGAGAAAUCUGCUGCCCCUCUGUGUGUGCUUCUUUCUGUCUGGGGGCCCCGGGGGGGGGUUACUUGUGCCCAACUCUAUAGGAUAAUGCCCCUGGGGCAUCUCUGCACGGCUAUAGGGGAAAUCUGCUGCCCCUCUGUGUGUGCUUCUUUCUGUCUGGGGGCCCGGGGCCCUUGGGGGGGGGUUACUUGUGCCCAACUCUAUAGGAUAAUGCCCCUGGGGGGGUUACUUGUGCCCAACUCUAUAGGAUAAUGCCCCUGGGGGGGUUACUUGUGCCCAACUCUAUAGGAUAAUGCCCCUGGGGGGGUUACUUGUGCCCAACUCUAUAGGAUAAUGCCCCUGGGGCAUCUCUGCACGGCUAUAGGGGAAAUCUGCUGCCCCUCUGUGUGUGCUUCUUUCUGUCUGGGGGCCCGGGGCCCUUGGGGGGGGGUUACUUGUGCCCAACUCUAUAGGAUAAUGCCCCUGGGGGGGUUACUUGUGCCCAACU